AUGGAGAGGCCAGGCCAGGUGCGGUGGUGGGAGGUGCAUGCAGGCAGAGACCGCAAUCCUCGGGAGGUGAGGCAGGACAACGUGGGCGCUGUGGCCGCUGUGGGAUUCAGGUCCAUAGCUGAAGAAGAAGAUGCGCUGCUCAGACACUUAUUCCAAGGUUACCAGAAAUGGGUUCGCCCCGUAUUGCACUCGAACGACACCAUAAAAGUCUACUUUGGAUUGAAAAUCUCUCAGCUGGUGGAUGUGGAUGAAAAGAAUCAGCUGAUGACGACAAAUGUGUGGCUCAAACAGGAAUGGACAGACCACAAGUUACGCUGGAAUCCGGAUGAAUACGGUGGGAUUCAUUCCAUUAAAGUUCCAUCAGAAUCUCUCUGGCUUCCUGACAUAGUCCUCUUUGAAAACGCCGACGGCCGGUUCGAAGGCUCGCUCAUGACCAAGGCUGUGGUCAAAUCGGACGGGACCGUGGUGUGGACGCCUCCCGCCAGCUACAAGAGCUCCUGCACCAUGGACGUCACCUUCUUCCCCUUCGACCGGCAGAACUGCCCCAUGAAGUUCGGAUCCUGGACUUACGACGGGACCAUGGUGGACCUCGUCCUCACAGACGAGAACGUGGACCGGAAGGACUUCUUCGACAACGGAGAGUGGGAGAUCGUGAACGCCAGGGGCACGGCUGGGGGCCGCAGGCACGGCGCCGACUGGCACCCGUUCAUCAGCUACUCCUUCGUGCUGCGCCGCCUGCCCCUGUUCUACACGCUCUUCCUCAUCGUCCCGUGCCUGGGGCUGUCCUUCCUGACCGUGCUGGUCUUCUACUUGCCCUCCGACGAGGGCGAGAAGCUCUCCUUAUCCACCUCUGUCCUGGUUUCCCUCACGGUCUUCCUCCUGGUGAUUGAGGAGAUCAUCCCGUCUUCCUCCAAGGUCAUCCCGCUCAUCGGGGAGUACCUCCUGUUCAUCAUGGUCUUCGUCACCCUCUCCAUCGUCGUCACUGUGUUUGUCAUCAACGUCCACCACAGAUCUUCCUCAGCCUACCACCCCAUGGCCCCCUGGGUUAAGCGGCUCUUUCUGCAAACCCUUCCCAAGUUACUCUGCAUGAAGGACCACGUGGAUCGCUACUCUCUCCCAGGUAGAGAGGAGAGGAAACCCGCCCUGAGGGGUCAAGUCCUGGAAAGAAAGAAACAAAAGCAGAUGAGUGAUGGAGAAAAGGUUCUGGUCGCUUUCCUGGAAAAGGCGGCGGAUUCCAUCAGAUACAUUUCCAGCCACGUGAAGAAGGAGCAUUUCAUCAGCCAGGUGGUGCAAGACUGGAAGUUCGCGGCUCAAGUUCUCGAUCGGAUUUUCCUGUGGCUCUUUCUGAUCACAUCCGUCACCGGCUCGGUUCUGAUUUUCACCCCUGCUUUGAAGAUGUGGCUACACAGUUACCAUCAGGAGCAGGAAUCCAGAGCUAUCUAA